AUGGUUAUAAGUAUUGGAUGUACCAUACCGCUUAUCGUAAUGGGUUCUGCAGCAUCGGCAUUGUACAAAAAGAAACAUCCUUAUCCAAAAUACAUUGUAAAUGAGCCAACAAAUACAGAUGGACAAGGAGCAUCAGGCACACUUGUUACUGAUUCCUAUGACGUCAGAAGUAAACAGCAAAAAUUAGUGUAUCCAAAUACCUAUGCGAUGUAUUAUGGUUAUCCGCCACCCUAUUUGAGAACAAGGAGUUAAUACGGUACAAGAUAUCCGGCAAUAUUAUCUGGAAAAGUUAUUAUUUGUAUUUUCGAACUAUGAUGGGUUAAUUUUUGAAACGUUUUACUCUGUCCCUUUUUCUUUCUCUCAA